GGGUAUUGCAGGCAAAAAGAACACGACGACGCGCAAGCUGUUGAUACCGGACGGACUUCAAACACUGGGGCCGCGUCGCCGUUGUGUGCUGGAGAUGUGAAGUGCGAGGCCGGCUGCUGCCUUGGAAUGUUGCUAAAUGAGAACAAUCGGAAAUGAGCAGACUGCAGAACCCCGCCAAAGUCGCGCUGCGGCACAAAAUGAAGGACACCCUCGGAGCGAUGAGUGCCACGGUCAGGGCCGAGCAGUCGGAGAUAAUUACCAGAAAGAUUCAAGAGUUGCCAUUUUAUAAAAACUGUAAAAGAAUAAGCAUCUAUUUGAGCACUGAACGAGAGGUGAGCACGGUGGAGCUGAUGAAGCAAAUGUUUGCGGGAAAUAAACAGGUCUUUGUUCCGACGUAUGACCGGACCACGAUGCGAAUGGUCCGGCUCGCCGAUAUGGCCGAUUACGAGGGGCUGCCGAAAACCAGCUGGAAUAUCAAGCAGCCCGACUUUGGAGACGACACCCGGGAGGAUUGUCUAGCAACAGCCGGCUUGGACCUGAUUAUCCUUCCGGGAGUGGCCUUCACCCGGAGCGGACGUCGCCUUGGUCACGGAGGUGGAUACUACGACCGUUUCCUGCGCGACUACUUUGCAAAAUUUCCCAACCCAGAGGACGCUAAAGACGGCACCGCCAGCGGGACCAAAACCUACCUUGUGGGGGUCGCCUUCCGUGAGCAGCUGCUCCCCGAGGGCCAACUCCCGAGCGACGAGCACGAUUUUCCACUAGAUUUAAUCGUCUGGCCCGGAGAUGAAUAAUUCGAGACGAAGGAGGACGGUUCUUUCUUUUGCUCUGAGUGAAAUAA